GUAUCAGCAGUGAGAAAGCACACCAAGAAUACAUCUUUCCAAGGCCGUAUUUCUCUUACUAUUAUCAAUGCCAUCAACACUCACCCUCCAUCGAGUGAGAACCCUUGAAGAACUGGAACCGCUAUAUCAUAUCGGAGCCGAUGCUUGGCGUGACGAUCCCUGCUUCAAUUGGUUUUACCCCGGUGGUCGCGAACACCAUGACGAUCUGCUGGUCCUAUGGAGACACCUUCUGCGGAGGGAAUUCCUUGAUCCGGGAAAGUUUAUUCUAGCGGCUAUGAUACGGGAUCCCCAGGAUGAAGACGAAGAGGAGGAUAAGCCACAGCCGGGUAAAGUAGUUGGGUUUGCAGUUUGGGAGCGGAAGGGAAGUAACGAUGCCGCUAGAAGCUGGCAGGGAACUAGUUUUUCGAAAAGGCUGAAGCGCUUCAUCCUCAACUUCAAGAUCGCGUAUACAUUUCGUCUGGCCACCCCGAAACGGUCCCUUUCUUGGUCAAGGCUAAGACAGUUUGAGACGGAACAAAAGGCAGCAAAGGCUAGCCAACCUGCCAAUGCAUGGUAUCUGUCCCUAUUGGGUGUUACCCCCAAGGCUCAAGGGAGGGGGGUUGGGAAGAAAUUACUUCAGUGGGGAAUUGAUCGGUCAGAGGAAGAAGGGGUCCCGUCUUCUUUAGAAGCAACCAAGGCAGGGCUUCGUCUUUAUGAAAGUAUGGGUUUCGAGCGAAUCGGAUGGGUUUUUUUUGAUGAUGAGAAGCAGAAGCAUACUGUUAUGCAGAGGACGAACAAGUUGGGCGGAUGGUUGGCUGGGUAGUCGGUUGUUUUGUGCAAGAUAUCCUUUGUUGUAUUCUGGUGUUAAUUGUCUUAGCGGCUUUUGUGACUUCUGUUCAUGUCCUUGCUAACUUGGCGUUUUUUUUUGUGAAGUCACCCAGCAUUGUUCGAUAGUGCAGGACAGUGUUGUGCUUGGGGAGUACUGGUCGAAACUGAUUGAGCGCGUAUCGAUUCUACAGAGAGCAUGGCAGCUUGAUCCAAUGAUCAGGGGGAGGCCAGACCUCAUCUUGAAAAUCUGUUUCAGAGUAUGAAAGGACGACUGGGUGCACAAUGUUUAUAAGCAGCGCUACAUAUACAGGACCUAAUUUGCAGUUUACAGAGCAUGAUCAAGC